UAUUACACUGCUGUACCUAUACAUAGUACAUACACCCACGUGUUCUACUGCAGUUCUGUGCAUUACCUACAUAAUAUUUUAUUAUUGUUUCGGACUGUGGUGAAGACUGAAGAACGAGUGAAGAGUACACAGCCCCGUUGUUCGACCAUAUAUUUGACGACCACAAUAAUGGAUCAAAUUAACAAUCAAACAAAGUAUAUAAUAGGGUUGUUUGAAGAAGAAAAAAAAUAUUCUGUAAUACCUGUCAGUUGGUUGAAAAAUUCCAAAGAAGGAUAUUUGAACUGUUCAUGGCCUAAUGCUCGGCGUGUUACGGCCAUGUCAAUAAUGAAAGGUGGUAAACCUACCUCUAAAUGGACCACCCAUCCUGUUAAACUAAUAGAAGAAUUUGGUUCAUACGAAGCAGCUGCCGCAAAGGAAAUAAAAAUAUUUAUAUCAUCAGGCGGUGAGUCACAAAGUGAUUCCGAACCAGAAGAACCCAACAAUUCUCAAGAAGAAGAUUAUAAUGCUAGUUCCAGUAGUGAUGAUGAAGAAGUUUUAACUAUUAAAAGAAAACAAUCAACUUAUGUACCAAGUAAAAAAUUAAAACAAAAUAUUCCAGAUUCUGUUCCAGAUAAUAAUACUGCUUGUAUUGUAUCCUCUGCUAUGGAUACAUUAAUUGAUUUGAACACUGCAGAUUUUGUUGGGACUAGUUAUAAUAAUGGUUUACGUUCUGUUUUAAAUUCAAAUCCCACAAUGCAGUUUGCUGACAUUUCUUCUAUAUUAAUUGAUGAUGAUUUUAAUCAUAUGACACCUGCAGAUAAACAAGUAACUGAAGAAGCAAACUUAAUGAAAUUAAAAAACAUUUCCGGUACAAGUACUACAAACAAUAAUGAUGUUUGUGAAUUAAAUCUUACAUCGGAGUUGGGCAGUUUUGAGUUGGAAUUUCUUAAAAAUAAAAUGGAUCAAAUACUUCAUACAACAGACAUUUACUUUACAAGACUUGAUAAAAAAUUAGAUGCUAUUAUGGACUAUAUCAAAAUAAAUCCAAAUUCAAGUGUGCAACCUACAUUAGAUACACAUUUUUUGGGAUUAUUUCCUUUGAAUGAUGUAGAGUCUCUUAUAAAUUUUGAUGAAUUUUUAAAAACUGACGAAAACUCUACUAAAUUGAUUAAUUUAAUUAAAUCUAUUGGUGGCUCUGGUACAAAACAUUUUGUUAAAAGAGUACUCAAUAAAUUAUUUUCCAAUAAAUUGGCCACACUCUGUUCUUGGACAGGACAAAAAAAUAACCAUCGCCUUGUUGACCACCAAAUUAUAAAAAUCAUGAAAAAAAUUUCACAUGAACUUUACCAAAAUGAUGAAAACAUAUUUGAAAUUUAUGUAAAGGAUUGGUUCAGGCAUGGGGCUCAGCGUUUAAAAAAAGAAACUACUACAGAUUCCACGUCGAAAACGCAAAGCAAUUGAAAAUAUGUCCCUUCGACAUUUCAAACGUCAAUUUUCUAUUUUAAAAACACCAGAAGUAACCCCCCAAGUUGAGGAGGUGCGUCUAUAUAUUAUAUUAUAUAUAAUGACAUAUGCUGGAUAUUAUUAAAUAGAAUACUA